GCUGCCACAUAAUCUGAAGAAACAUAUGGAAUCAGACGGUAGAUGGGACGUAUGUAUAUUGGAAUAAAAGGAUUGCAUUUGCGCAAACGCUUAUAUUGGAUUAAUGAGUUCAACUGAAACUGGAUUAGUUGAAAUUGCAACAAGGACGUCGGACACAGCAUGACACUGAUAUUGUGCGUCUCCGACUACUGGCAACGCCGCCAUUACUACAAUCGUCUGCCCAUUCAACCGGCUGGCGACACUGACAAGAGCCAGAAAAAAGCUGUUCGCCGGCUGCUGUUACAGCUAGAUGCCAUCACUGGCAACUACUGGUUGCGCGAGCUACUUCAGCAAAAGGUGCUGCGCGAUCAACUGCAGGCAGAGCAUAAAGUGCAGAUACUAUGGCUGUCGUUUCAUCCGCCAGAACGCGACACCAUCGACUAUAAGUUCGCGGAUAUGCUGGCGCACACAAUAUGGGAGCACAUCGAGAUGGAGCACUUAAUGUCUUGGCUAUCGACGCUAGGCGGCGGCUUCUCAGCACUGGGUGAACAAUUCGAACGAUGCGCUCAGACAGCGGGAAAGAUUUCACUGCAGCAGCUAACGAUUGGUCUCCGAGUAGGUGAUCCAUUUUUGCAAGCGCGAUGUAAACUAUACUACAGCAUUUCCCUAAUCCAGCGAGGCCAACUCCGCCAGGCCAAGCAAAUGAUACGCGCCCAAUAUCAAUUUGCGAAACAGCAUGAGGAGCACGAUCACCGGCUGGUGCGUAUGUGCUUGGGUAUUUGGCUGCGCUUGCGCUAUGAGUACGAGGAGCGAAAGAAGCGGCGAUUAACUGUAAAGUGUAACUCAUAACUCGUGAAGAGAUUUUGUUAAAAGGCUAAGCAUAAAAUGAAAGCAUGGUUUACUGUUAGUUGU